AAGGGAUCAAUUUUAUCUUUUGUUGUGCCCUCAAUAGUGAAGCAAGAGAUUCGAGGAUGGUUUCUAUGUGCUGUAUUUGCAAGCAGCUUUCAUGAUAUUCACGGAUUCACUGUUUCCUAUAAAUUCAAAAAUAGAACCAAGGGCAUUGAGUGGCAGUGUCAACAAAAAAAUAGUCGUGUAAUAACAUGUCAAGAACAUAUGUGGUUGCAAUUUGUACCGCUACGUCAUUUGCCACAUCUGUUGAAAGCCGGAGAUGAAGUGGAGUAUUCAAUACGCCUAAGCGGUGGUUUUCAAGUGAAGAAGUUUGGGGUCAACCUAAUUUAUGAGAAUGAUAAGAAGGAUUGCCACUCCUAUUUUGAAGCAAUGGUCAAGAAUGCAUCACUUCCUUAUAAGGAUGAUUUUCUAGAUGAAGAUGUUUCAACAGAUCAACCGAUGGUUGGUGAUAAGAAAAUCAACCCUUCUAAUUUACAGAAGUCUAGAUUUGAUGAUAAGAAAAAAGGGAUUGCCACCUCUUUAGAUGCAUCUAAGCGUGGAUGCUUGUCAGCUCGAGAGACAACCCAACAGCAGUGGGACGAGGAGCUUGCUGCUCAUUUACAGGAUAAGGAGGAUGUCUCAAUUGCACAGCAUUGUGAGCUGACCGCUACGAUUUUGGAGGAUCCGACCGUUGUUCCCGAGGACCACAGUGCUCUUGUGGAGGCUGAGGAUGGACUUUCCGAAGGUGAUAGGAAACGUAGUUGGAGCGACUUCCAUGAAAAUCAGCCAGGGACUACGGUUUUUGAGGGCGGGGCUCCCUUUGAGCUGAACAUGUACUCAUCAGGUAUUCCAAGAAUGAACUUUGUGAGCCUAACUACGCCCCUAAGAAGUCUGGAGGCUGAGCGAAUGUCAUGGGAGGUAGAGCGCCAGAUUCUGCACCAUCAGAAUGAUGCUUUGGAGAGAGAGAAUUUUCGCCUUCGUAUGGAAUUAGCAAAUGCCAGGCAAUUUGCUUCUCAACUCCACAUGGGUUUUCCCCGUCCACACUUGGCAUUCGAGAGGGCUUCUUCUUCAGCAUCAGCCUCUAUUCAACCUACAAUUGCAGCCACUACUCCUGUGGCUUCGACGAGAACAAACACUCUUGGUUUGGAUUAUCCUAAUUUCCUUGCCAGACCAGUUCUUGGCUUCCAAAGCGUCAAUAACCCAUCAGGAUCUUCUCCACCUAAUGGAGGCUCUCACCUCCCACAAUAGGCAUGUCUUUUUCUUUUGGCAA